AUGGCACCCCUCCGUAUAGCAAUCAUCGGCGCCGGCCCCGCUGGACUUACUCUUGCCCGCCUUCUCCAAGUAAAAGGUAUCCCCUACACAAUAUAUGACCUGGACGCCCACGCCUACAGCCGCGACCAGGGCGGGACCGUCGAUUUGCACCGCCGGGGUGGACAAAUGGUAUUGGAAGAGGCCGGGUUGUUGGAGGAGUUCAAGAAAUUAUCGAGGCCGGAAGGAGAGGCGACAAAGUUGGUCAAAUACGACGGGACAGUACUUGUUGAUGAGAAUGUGGAGAAAGUGAAAAGGCUCGAGGAACAUCAAGAUCGACCGGAGAUUGACCGGUUGGUUUUGAGGCAGCUGUUGCUGGGGUCGUUGACAGAAGGGAACAACAACAUAGUGUGGGGAAAGAAAUUGCUGGGUGUUGAAGAGUCGAAUGGAAAGAUUGAUCUCCAGUUUGCUGAUGGCGUUGAAAAGGCAUUCGACAUCGUUGUUGGCGCCGAUGGCGCGUGGUCGAAAGUUCGGCCAUUUCUGACUGACGAGAAGCCCUUCUACUCUGGCAUCACAGCCAUCGAGCUUUGGGCGACGAAUGUUGAUGCUCAGCACCAGUGGCUGUCCCAAUAUGUUGGCCAAGGGAGCAUGUUUAUGUUCGACCAAGGACGAGCGGUCAUCAGCCAAAGAAACGGCAACAACACCAUACGCACAUAUGCUGCGGUAAAACAGCCAGAAACAUGGUCGAAUGAUUGCGGCAUCGACUGGUCCAAGCCGGAAGCGAAGACGCAGCUCAUCGAAGGCUACUUUAUCGACUGCGCAGACGAUCUGAAGCGCGUCAUCAUAGACAGCAAUGACAACCUCGUCGUUAGGUCGAUGUACAUGCUUCCCGUGGACAUUAAAUGGGAACCAAAAGCUGGCGUCACCUUGAUUGGCGACGCUGCACAUUUAAUGACUCCUUUUGCUGGUGUCGGUGUGAACAUUGCCAUGGUAGACGCACUGGAUUUAUCUCGAGCAAUCGCAUCCUGCGUUGACAACAAAGAAAACAUUGGGACCGCCGUGUCUGCUUUUGAGAAGGAGAUGUUCCAAAGGAGCCAAAUGUUUGCGAACAAGACUUGGAAGAACAUGCAAUCACAUUUCAGCGCUACUGGCAUCGAGGAGCGUGCUGCGCUUGCUCGUAAAUAG